ACGUAUGAUACAAGUAGCUGGCGUGUGAUUCUUGAUUUCCAACCAUGUUGUCUGGAGUAGUCUUGUACAUUGCCUUCGGUAUUCUUAUUUCUGCCGGCACAUCUAUCUGUUGUAUGCAUCCUGCUAGCCAUAAUGGUUUAGGAACAUGUAGUGGCAAUUCAUUUAUGUGUAAUGAUGGGAGCUGCAUUGAAGGAAGCUAUAGAUGUGACAGUGAUCCUGAUUGUCUAGAUGGCUCUGAUGAAGCAGAUUGUUUGAAAAUGACUGAGGAGCCAGUAGUUCCUCCCCAAUGUUACAACAUUACUAGUGUGAUAUGUGGUGACAUCCUUAUCUCACAUAAGGCUAUAUUCCCAAACACAUAUGCACAUAACACACAACAAGCUGAAGAAUUGCUAAACGAGUUUAAAAGUGAAGCGAGCUGCCACCAGCAUUCAAUGAGACUUAUUUGUGCACUUGUGUAUCAAGGGUGUGACGAUGAUGAUGGAGCUCCAGUGCACCCAUGUGAUGCAAUGUGUCAAGACGUUCUUUCAGCAUGUUCACGAUCCUUUCAAGCUGUAACACAGAAUAACAACAUUUUUGAGAUUUCUUGUUUGGCUUUACCAGAUACAAACUGCUUAUCUGCACCAGGGUAUUGUAGUGGUUUUCUAUGUUCUAACAAUCAUUGUAUACGAAGCAUCUAUUACUGUGAUGAAUACAAUGACUGUUCUGAUUUAUCUGAUGAAUCUUCCUGCCAAAAUACAGAUUUGCCAUCUUACGUAUGUCACCCUAUAAAUGUUAAAAGCUGUGGCAGUUAUUUGCCUUAUGCCUAUGCUGCUUUUCCAAAUGCUUACUCUCAAUCAUUUGAACUUGCGGAUCAAGUAAUUAACCGACUUCUCCCUUGUGCAUCCUGCCAUGGCAACAUGGUGUCUUUAAUGUGCAACUUAUUGUUCCCUGAAUGUGAUGGCUACGAAUAUGAACCAUGUAUUGACCAUUGUAUUGAUGUCAUCAGUUCUUGUCAAGAUGCAUUUAUAACUUUACAGCUCGAGUUGAAUUUUACAAAACCAAUCACAUGCGAAGAUUUACCAGCGACUAGAUGCUUAGCUGCAGGUGGAAUGUGUGCACAAGAGGACUUCCAAUGUACUGAUGGUAAAUGCAUUCCAUUUGGACUAACCUGCGACAGUCAUGAGGAUUGUUUGGAUAACACGGAUGAAUCCAAUUGCACAUGCACCGAUGUACAGUACACGUGCACUGACACAGGUAUAUGCCUAGAGUACUAUGAAGUUUGUGAUGGUAUAGAAAAUUGCCUUAAUGGCGAGGAUGAAGCCCUUUGUGAUAACGGAUGUCCAGGAGGCUUUUUCCGCUGUGCCAAUGAAACCAUUUGUAUUCCAAAAUCUUAUGUUUGUGAUGGAGUGAAAGAUUGCAAACGGUGGAAUGAUGAACAUGAUUGUAAUUUUUGUGGCGAGUUUGAGUUCCAGUGUAAAGAUGAUGGAUAUUGUCUUCCCAACUUUUACGUAUGCGAUGGUAUUGAUCAUUGUUUUGACGGCAGUGAUGAGCUGUGGUGUGGUGUAUGAAUAUCUUCUGUUGAUAUUUGAUAGUACAGUAGCUUAUACAAGAUUCAGUGGGCUGAAUAUAGUGGAUAGUAAAUGCUAAAAUUGCAAGUGGGCUGAAUAUAGUGGAUAGUAAAUGCUAAAAGUCCAAGUCGGCUGAAUUCGAUAGUAAAUUCUAAAAGUCCAAAUGGGCUGAAUAUAUUGGAUAGUAAAUGCUGAAAGUCAAAGUAAGCUUAAUAUAUUGGAUAGUAAAUUCAAGUUGGCUGAAUAUAUUGGUUAGUAAAUACUUGAAGUCCAAGUGGGCUGAAUAUAGUGGAUAGUAAAUGUAAUGAUUCUUUUAAUACAAUGUACCUGUCAGUUUUAUGAAUUUGUUCAACCAUGAAGCCUCUGUUAAUAUUGUGUUACUAUGUUACUAUUUAUUUCCAGCCGUACCUCCUGACUUACCUGGUUCAGCGCCCUCUCGGGGAGCACUAGGCUUUUUCACAAUGCAUUUAUAAGACAAUAUUCGUUGAGAGCUAUGCUACACGAUUUACCAUCAUAUUCUUAAUAUUCGAACACUGUAUAUACCUUUCUUUGAUGAUCUAUAUAUAGGCUUAUUUUAUAUUUUAUUUCAAUUUGCAAUAAACAGCGAGUGGCCCGCCACUUACAGAAUGGAAACAAAAUACCGAUACAAAUAAACUAAUAAAAAUAUGAGCAAAGUCACAUUAAAUCUAAAAAACGUACUCUAGUUUGCCUAUGUGUAAUAGAUUUGAUCUUAUUUUUAUAUACUCCAACAAAUAUAUCUAAUGAAAAUCCUCUUUGUUAAGAUUGUUAUACAAUCUUGGUAAUCUAAUAAUUAACUCAUUUCAGUAACAUUGACUCUGGCAAAAGAAAUUGUGAAAAAUUCAAUAAUGGUAUUACGGCACCUUGGGGUUUAGAGAAAUACCAAAUAAGGAUGUUAAAUAACUAACAUUUAAAUAAAAAUGUUAAAUUCAGAAAAUUACGCCGACUUUUAAAUGAAGGAAGAUUGAUAGAACCUUUUCGAACAUUACAUACCCUUGAAGCAAAUUUAACGAAGCGGAGUUAAAUAAAGUCAAUUUUGGAAGCUUGUUUUGAACUGAUGUUGUUACAUAACUCUACAAAUUUCAACUUGUGGUCUAAGGAAUUCAACAGUGAGAUAUGAGUAUUUACAUUUUUGAUAUGCUAGCAAUUUUCUAAUACUAAAGUCCUAAUACUUAUUAACAUAUUUAAUUAACUAAAAAAACUAACCUUUCCGAGCCACUAGGGGCUCAAUGGGCUGGAGCUUAUCCCCAGUUUCCGUAGUGUUUGCUGGUUCCCAUUUAUACAACUGG